UGACGUAGGUGAUCACGUGUUGUUUGUGCUGUGGCCCGGAGACUUGUGUGCAGGCGGAGGAGAGCGAGUUGCUAACAACUAGCUGGAGACACACGAUUGAACGUGGCCAUGCUGCACACGGUAGGCUUUAUUUCUUAAAACGAGGCCGAGUGCAAUAGUUGUUUGCUGCUACAAGGGACACUUUAUGGAUUAAAAAAACAACAACAACCGCUUGGCGAAUAGUGCAAUCUGUGCCGUGCAUUAGCUGGCCUAACCGGACUUGAGCGCUGGUCUCCCGACAUAAGAAUGGGGUAGUGGUCCGCUUGGAUUAGCUUGCAAGUCAAGUGACCUUUGAUUGCGUUUUCGAAUGGCAAAUUUCACGAAUUACUCGGAAGGCAAGGCAGCGAAAUUGAAGCUGGAGACGCAGCAGAGGAACGUGGGCUCUAAGUCUACCGAUGCAACCGUAGAUGGCUCGGUCAGGGAACCCCCUUCCCCGUUAAUUAACAGCAGCAGCAGCGGAGGCGGUGGCUGUCGUUCCCAUCAGUUGCCGCCCUCCUACCAACACCACCUUGAGUCGUAUCACUACGAGCUGGCGUCGCAUCAUCAUCUUCAUCAUCUCUCCGCGGACGUCGCUGAAACCCCGGGCAGAAAAUCGUUGUCCCCGGUGGAGCACGGCGCCACUGCCACCACCACCAGCAGCAGCAGCAGCACCACCACCACCAGCGGCGGCCUUGCGUACGAGGCUGGCGGCGUGUCAAACCCGCCGGACGCAGUGGACGACAUUCGAAAGUGUGGCUACCUGCGCAAGCAAAAGCACGGACAUAAGCGCUUCUUCGUGCUGCGCGCCUCCAGCCACCUGGGCCCCAGCCGGUUGGAGUACUACGACAAUGAGAAGAAAUUCCGGAGCAGCUUGCGCGGGGGAGCCGGACCGGCGGGCCCUUCCUCACCCAAGAGGGUGAUUUACCUCUACCAGUGCUUCACUGUCAACAAGAGAGCAGACUCUAAAAACAAACACCUCAUUGCUCUUUACACCAAGGAUGAGUAUUUUGCUAUUGUGGCGGAAAACGAGCAGGACCAGGAGGACUGGUACGUGGCCAUCAGCGAGUUGAUGAGCGAGGGCAGGAAGGGGCAUUUGAUUACGGACGAUUUGGAUGAUGGAUAUGGUACGGUCACCCCUGGCACUGUUUUCAAGGAGGUGUGGCAUGUGAAUGUCAAACCCAAAGGACUCGGUCAAACUAAAAACCUCACGGGCUUGUAUCGCUUAUGCCUUUCGUCCAAAACCCUUCACCUGAUCAAGUUGAACUCUGAGACCCCCUGCGUGAACCAGCAUCUGAUGAACAUCAGGCGCUGCGGAAACUCUGAAAGCUUCUUUUUCAUCGAGGUGGGUCGCUUCUCCUCGAUCGGACCGGGGGAAAUAUGGAUGCAGGUGGACGACUCUGUCGUGGCCCAGAAAAUGCACGAGACGCUUCUGAACACCAUGAAGACCCUGAAGGCCUACGUGGAGAUCAGGCCUCGGAGUAAGAGCCAGUCAUCGGGCUCCAACCCCAUGCCGUUUGUCACCACGCACCGGCACCUUAGCAACCUGCCGCCGAGCCAGACGGGCUUGCCUCGACGUUCCAGGAUGGAGUCGGUGGUGGGAACGCCGCCGUCUAGCAAGAGCUCCGGCGCUAGCGGUUACCGCUUCCGCACAUCCAGCGAAGGGGAGGGGACCAUGAACCGACUGUUUCGUUCCACGACAGGAAGCCUGGUCCACCUUAACUCGGGGCGUCUUCAUCUUGGCCGCGCUGAGGCGGACCUAGGUGGUAGCGCCGGCGUGGUGCUGGGAAAUGCCGGCACGAGCGCCGGGGCCGGGCGCCACGUGCGGGCCGUCCCCGGGUCAUCGGCCUCUACUUACCACGCCCGCUCCGCCUCCCUUCCGGUCUCCCACCCUUUCACCACAAGCCCGGUCAGCGUGUCCUCCAGCAGCGGCCACGGUUCUGUCUCAGACACCCUCACACGGCCAUCCAGCGCAUCAAUAUGCGGCUCUCCGUCCGACGGCGGCUUCAACUCGUCUGACGAGUACGGAUCCAGCCCCGGGGACUUCAGGUACUUCCGGGUGCGCAGCAACACCCCCGAUUCCCUGGGCAACACCCCGCCGAUCCGAGAGGAGAACUGCUUGAGUGACUACAUGGCAGUGGGCUGGAACCGGGAGGUGUUUGGCACCAGCGCUGGCUCCGGGAACAGCAGUGGCGCCAACACACCGCGAGACGAUAGCACGUCGACGACAGAAGACGAGCGCUUUUUUUCUCAAAGGAGAAGGAGAAGCGCUGGGCCCGGCGUAGCCGUUUAUCAAAAAAUGACUCAAACCAAUUUUUCUUUAGAAGAAUCGGCCGACGCGUCAGACAGCUCCUGUUCCGAGCACAGCCAGCAGAGCCGGCCCUCGACGUCGCAGCCGCCUCCGCCGCCAUCCUCCGCCAAGGAAGAUAGCAGCUACGUACCCAUGCAGUGCGGCGUGGCUCCGUCGCCGAGGGACACGCCUCCCGACUACAUGCCCAUGCAUCCCGGUUCUCACCCCGUUUCCCAACCACGUCAGUUUCAGAGUCCAAAUUUGGGUCCCCGCUCGGCCAAGCCCCAGUCGCAAUCCUCCACCGACGCUCACGGCUACAUGAUGAUGCUCCCGGGAUGCAGGGGCAGCUCUCCCUCCCCGGUGCAGGCCUCCCUCAGCCCCCCCCACAGCGGCGCAAGCACCAGUGACAGCAUAGCAGAGAGACCCGCCAACGCGGCGGCGUACAUGGACAUGUCUUGCGGCGGCAUUAUGGGGCAGAAGCUGGACGGCAGCAGCGGGUCCUAUGGCGCCGAAGUCUGGAGGUCUUUCAGCCCUUAUUUCUCCCUCCCUCGCUCCUACAAGGCCCCCACCAGAGAGAGCGAUGAGAAAGAGUGCGACGACUAUGUUCGGAUGGCCUGUCUCGGCAAGCCGGUCCACGCCUCGGUCGGCGCGACUCCCUCAUCCGCACCCGAGAGGAGGGCUGGCGGCGGCGGUUGCCCUUCCACACCCUCACACCCACCCCCGCCUUACGAAGCUCACCACACCACGUCCGCCGUGGCUGACGGGCGUGUCAUGAGACCCAACCGCCUGCCUUUAGGCAGGAGGAGUUUCCACGGUCCGCUGCGAGUCAGCGAGGCCUCCGCCUCAUCCGCAGUUACCUCCACCUCGGUCCCCACGGCCGGGAUCGCGACCAAUAGGCCUCCGAGUCCUGGGGAGUAUAUCAACAUCGACUUUGUGGAUCAUUACCCCCACCAACAGCAGCCUCCUGCCUACCCUUUUCCCAGCAAGGAUGAAGCCCCCACCCAAGCCUCCAGCGACCACCGUCGAACCCCCCCCUUACCCCAAACCACUCAGGACUACAUGAGUAUGGAAGUGGGUCACGACCAUCAGGACAGCGAUGGCUGUCUAGGUAAGAGCCAGUCACCUAGACCCAGCCUGGUGGCCCCCUGGAACCCUCCCAGCUAUAUCCGACCCUUGGCUAGUAAUUCCGGUGCUUUGGCCUCCCCCGGGGUCCAUGCCGGAGGUCACUGGAGGUCAGUGGGCGACGACUACACUAAAAUGACGUACAGCAAGAAGGGCGAAAGGACUCAAACGAGCCCUACAGACAUGCUGCAGCAUCUCUGCGUGAUGGAGGGAUGCUACAGUCAUGGUGGCUCCUCCUCCGCCUCCCCCAUACCCCCCACCUUGCCCCCAAGGAGCCCAGCAAGGAGCCCAGCAAGGAGCCCAGCAAGGAGCCCAGCAAGGAGCCCAGCAAGGAGCCCAGCAAGGAGCCCAGCAAGGACACCGGCGCAUCCCCCGGAACCAAAGGUCGUCCGGGCCGACCCUCAAGGCAGGAGGAGGCAUAGCUCGGAAACCUUCUCCUCCACCUCCUCCUCCACUUCAACGCCUUCAUCCUCGGCGAGCCACCCGAUGCCGACGGACUCUGCGACCUCAAAUGGGUCACACGCAGGCCUGCCAUCCUUCGACAGCGUGUGGAUGUCGGUGGAAAGUCGCCGGGACCCGGACCAGCUUUUCUCAUCAGGUCCGGCCACAGCAACCGGCACCUCUGCGUCCUCUCCCACCUCGACCGGCGGAAUGUACGCAAGCGACGUGUCUGUGGGAUACCAAAAUGGCCUCAAUUACAUCGCCCUGGAGGUGAGAGAUGACGGGGGCCGUACGGACGCGUCCGCGGAUGUCAACGAGAGCGCCGCAGUGCCAGAGAACGGCGCCCGUGCUGGUCUCGAAAUCAAAUCAGAAGGCGUCUCCACGACGACCAAGGGUGAGUACAUUUGCUUUUGUAUGAAACAAAGACCUUUUGAAAUAGAAUAGAAUGUUUUUUUCUUCGCAGGCUAAAAAUAAGCCUUUGUGUUCUGUGCUAUUUUUAGUUUUGUUUUAUCAACUCGCUGUUCCUCCACAUGUAAAAGCUCUAUUUUGGCUCUUGACGGUACGUAGCUUUGUCAAGAUCAGAGAACCGCUGAUGUUUUGAAGCCAUCCUGACCUGCUAGUCCUGUCGUGUGCGUGCGUGCAUUGUUACCAGGUAUCGGGCUGAUACCAAGCUUACUUGAAGGUAUCGGGUACUCCCAGAGGUUGCCGAUACAGGCCACAGAUACUUCAGGCAAAAAUAAAAAUCUGAUUAGUAAGUCUUCCUAGUUGGUGCUACAUUGCAGCAGAUUGAAACGUCGAACAAGUUCAGAAAGUUCUUUUCUCAGUUUUUUUGUCAUUAUGUUAAAUCAAAUGGAAUUUUACAUUCCAGGUAUCGGUUGGCGGUAUCGGUGAAUACUCAUAGUGGGAAAAAUGGUGUCAAACAUCCAGUGUUUUUUUUCACAUUUUGGAAGUUGUUGAGACUUUGCGAGGUUAACCCUAACCCCCCCAAAGUUUAGCUCACUUCCUCAGCAAACAUGCCAUGCGGGCAUGAGUCAGGACCGUUUGAGCACCAGCUGACUCGAGUGCGCGCUUAGCAGCCGUCACCGCGAGCGUGCCGAGUCGCGGCGGCCGCCGCUUUGAUGUCAUCGUGGCGGCGGCGUGUCAAGGCAACGCAGCGGCGACGGGAGGAAGGCAUCAUCUCUCUGGAAUGCGCUUCCGCUCAGCUGUGGCACGACGGGACACCUGCUUCGUUUACAGCGGGGGUCAAAGGGCUUUGCUUUCGAUGUUGCAUCCGAAUUUUUUUUUUAUGUGUGGAGUGACUUGCGUCAGGCAAGGGGUGUGGUGGGGUCAAGAGCCAAAGUCGUACGAGGCUGGCCUUUAAGCUCUGGCGUUGCCACCUAUGCGCCUGCCGGAUUUCUAUAUUUACACGUCUAUUUCCAGGCUGAUGUGAGUUUACGGCCGUGCUUGUAACAAGACCUCCAUUUCCACUUGGAGUGCUCUCAAGGGACAUUAGAAGGAUCUCUCAAAUCAUCUAUGUGUGAUACCUGGCAACCGUGAUGUCAUUUUCAGUUGAUAACAGGGGGUACAACAUAUUUAUGUCAAGAAAAUUUUGGUGUUGACAUCUUUAAUUUCUUGUUUAAUAGUCAUUAUCCUUGCUGUUGAACUACAAUUGGAUUAACUUUGACUUUGGGACCGCAGCAAGAACAAGGCUCCGAUUGGCUCGUUUGUUUGAUGGCGAUUUAGGAAACUCGGUCUCCGCGAGUCGGCCGCCCGGCCUCGGCCGCAGGCGGGCUUGCCGGCAUUCCAGCAGCGCCGCCUGUCAAAGCGACGGCAUUGUGGCGUCCCGCUCGCAUUGUCGUCGUACAAAAGCUGCACUUUCGGUGGAAUAACCCAGCUGCGCCGGGGUCACACCGGGCACGGGUCCCUGCCAAAGUUGAGAAAGUGAAACCGGGAGUCAGAGAGUUGGGAGAGUAGAUUCCCUUUGGUUAAAAAAAAAAACAACUUGUGAACUUUGCUUUUCAAACACUUGUUGUACUGCAACAAAACCGCACCAAGACGUGGCUAACCUGUUUUUGUGUCCUCACAGACUGAGCUGGAGCGGCACAGGAGGAGGUUACCCCCCCCCCUAAAAAAAAAAUAACUGGACUGAGAUGAUCUGCAGAAGACACAGACGAGAUGACAGAGAAAGGCUUGCAUAUUUUUCAUUCAUAUGAACUGUCUCACGUUUUAUUUUUCUUGUUUUAUAUGCAAAUCUUCACUGUCUUCUUUUGUUUUUUAAACUCGCGUCUCUGGUCAAGCGCCAGUGUUUGCUGCCCUGUCGCGGUGAGCAGGCGGUUCAACUUCCUCAUAUGGUGUUAAAAAGGGAGGCAGUCUUGAUACAAUCUUGAUUUUUAUGCUUUUUUUUUUUAAUUUUAUUUUUAACCAUCCAGCCUCACCUCGCUAUGGUACCGUACAGUUAUUACGUUGUGGAGAGCGUUGUUGUAGAGAAUGUGUAUAUACACAGUAUAAUCUAUUUUUUUGGGAUGCACUUGUUCACUUGACCUAGAAUGGCUUCCUGCUCCCUAACAGGAAGUAAAAUUUCCUUUUGGUACACUUGCACAUAUUUAUUUGAGGUUCAAAUAGUUCCGGUACAUUGUUUUUUUUUAGCUCCUCGGCUAGCCGAGAAAUUAGCGAUGUGAUCAUGAAAUGACUGAGAGGUUGAUGUUCUCUUUUUUUAAACAUUUUCCAUUUUACCUCGCGUGUUGCACGGUACAAAGUCUCACAUGGGAUGCACACACACUAUUCACACAACCCAGGGUAGACCCCCUAAGUGACCCCCCCCCCCCCCCACCUCACGGAUGAUUAGGAUCCUUCCCAGCAGCGCACAUCCACAUGCCACAUGCUUCCGGGUGACGUGAAAUUUUUUUCCAGUUACCCGAGCUGCGGCUGCACGUGGACAUAGUUUGCCCCUUUAGACACACACGCACGCACACACACACGGGCAUCAAGCGCAGUGUUAGCCGAAGCCCCGCCCCCUUUUGGUGCGCUCCCGCAUCCGUAUGUAGCGUCUCCUGCCGCUUUCCUACAGCGGGGAUGUGAGCUUAAAUGCAACACCGAUUGACUGAUUAUUUUGGUUCACCAUUCUCCGAGUCACUCGUAUUUUUUUGUACGCGAGGCCGUCUUUGCGAGGUUUUUCCCGCCUAUGUCGGUGGUGUCCAAACUGCGGUACGGGGGCCACUUGCGGCCCGUCCGCCAUUUUCUAGCGGCGCUUAGAAUAUAUGGAAAAAAAUUAGUUUCAUAAAAAUCCCAAACUGUUUUGCUGCUAAAAUAAAAGCAAAAUAGCUCUAAAGCAGUGGUCACCAAGUUCCACAUGAGUAGCCGCCGUUCUAAAAAUAGCUGACCUGGGACUGAAGUGAUCAUUUGAAAAUGUAACCACUGGCUGAGAUUUAUAGAACUCAAGUGUUGCUUUUUGAUAUUUAUUCAUCUGUUGCGUAAUUUCUGUGAGAAAUCGUCUUAACAAAAAUGAAUGCCAUUACUUUUUUACAACAGCAUUAUUUAAAUAACCGAUAUUUUCAGAAGUGCUCAUCCUUCACAUAGCUCUCGGUUUCAAAGUGGUCCCCUGCUGUGAUACAAAAUUGGUUUUAGGGUUUUUCAGAAGGUCGGACUAAGCAAAAGGUUUGGACACCCCCGGCCUAUGUGGAUCCGUCUCAAAAUCAGGCCGGUCAGAACGGUCCCAAAGGUCCGUGUACUUGCUGUGCUAUUGUGACAUGGUCCUUUUUUAUAAUACAAAGCAAAAGUGCUAUUUCUCCUUUUUUGUCUUUUCAAUUCAAUAGCCAACCUUAUUUAUUUUUAAUUUAAGCGGUUUAUCACUACAUUACAGUAUUUCAGACUGGGCCAGCUCAGAUCGGACUGAUCAGCGUGUCCUCCUAGUCCGAAAUGGCUGCAAAGAAUCACGCUAGGACUUGUUUGAUUUUGUAGACUUCACUGCAUCCUUACGCAAGCGAUGCGUUUCCCCCUGUCCCCCCUCAUUUGUAUUUUAGUUGACGCCAAAAAAGCGGGGAGGUAUCCAAGCAACCUGCACACAAAGCGAUGCCCGGUUUAUUUUUUUGUGGCAUUUUGCAUUUUUUUGUAUUAAGAAAUUGGUUAUUUUUUGUAACUAUAUUCCAGUUCAUUUGCUGCUGUGUAGUACAGUUGAUUGAUAAGUGGUCCUCCUUUUGGAGGCGCGCCUCCUGCUACUUGUGUUCUUUUCCCACUCGAAUGCUGUUUGUUCAUAUUAGCCUUACAGAAAAGAGUAAAGUAGUGGGGAGACGCUUCUCCUUCGUACCUCCUCCAUUUGGGAAAAAUCAACCUCACAGUUUCUCCUACAAAUAAGGAGAAGUUGUGGCUUUUUUUUUCACGCCGCCGUACGUGAUGUUUAUAUUGUUCCAACCUUUGCUUUCCAUAGAGCUAUUGCAAUAAAAAUGUUCAUGUU